AUGACCGUUUAUCCCUCGCUGGAAGCAACCACCUUCGAUGCCGACAUUCGCGAUCGGCACUUGAUUUACGACUAUGCUGCACAAGACGCAGAGGGCAACCCGGAGAAGUGGCGCUAUGAGAUGUGGUUCGAGAGCGAUAACCGCAUCAACUAUGCCAUCCACGGCGGGCCCAUGGCAGGUCGCAUAAACUACCAGACUGCGGACUACCAAUGCAUUCGUCCUGGAGAGUUGUGGCAGUGCAAUUGGCUGGAGGAGACCGGCACCAUCUGUUCUCUGGUGUACGAUAUACCGAAUAAGAAGAUUACCACCCUGCUGGGAUUCUCCAAAGGCCACUGGACUCAGGCUGAAGAUGCCCAUGGCGACAAGCGCAACCAUGAAGAUCUGGAGCGCUGGCGUGGAUUGGCCAGGGUUGGAGAGAGUCAGACCGAUCGCCACAUGCUGAGUGAGCAGGCUGAUAUCCUGGAGGACUUCCGUGGCCCUGGUGACCUGAAGCCCUCUGACCCCAACGCCCCUACUCUGUGA